GCGGUUUUUAUCCCUAUUCUAUCCCCAGAAUGGGAGAGGAAUCACAGAUUCUUAGAAAGUUAGAGGUAGAAGCCCUUAGUGAUCAUCCCGUCCAACCUGAUAUUUCUGGUGAGAAAACCAAGGCCCAUGAAGUCACAGUGACUUGGAGCCUCUGUUCCAUACACAUUCCAUUCCUUUGGGCUGCCUUCCUCAGGCUGCGAAGGUCUUCCAAGUUUGGGGAAUUCUGGUAAAGAAUGGCCUCUUGAACCCCCUAUCCCACAAAUUGGAGCAGGCUCUGGGCCUCACUGUGGGGAAGCAUUACUACACACCACCUCUCCUUGUGCCCAGCACCGUUGGCCUGCUGGAGCGCCUGACGGGCCUCCUUGGCUUCACAGCCUCGGCCCUGCUUGGCUCAGGACUCAGGACUACAGGAACGCUACCACGGCAGUUUGGCAAGAAGGGAAGUUCAGCACACAUCUGACCAAUGGCUCAGUCUUUGGAAAAUCCAAAGUCAGGCCACUUAAAAGGAAGUGAGCCUGCAUUUCUCUUUCAAGUGAAGGCAGGCCGAGGACAGACGGCACUUUACCUCCCAUGCAGAGGCUGGCCAUCUGCGGAGGCCCUCAGCUGAAGCACAGAGAAUCUGGGCGUGCAAGUGUUGGGCUCCAGCCGGCUACAGGAAGUGGGAAGGUGUGGCUUUGAGUCUCCAGAGUUUAAUCCAGGGCAGAUCUAAAAGGGAAGUGGUUUUUGAGAAGGGUCCUUUAUUCCCCACACUCACUACCAAAACACAAACAGACAAACAGAAAACUCUCCUAACACCCUUACCUCUAUGGAAAUAGCCAUUGUUCUCCAUAGAAAAAUACAGGCUACAAUUCACUUUCUAGCUUUACCAGAGGCUCUUUUUUGACAGAUCUCUGGGUCUUUUAAUCUGAGGAGUGGCGAGGUCUCCCCAGAGGAAGGACAGGUACAAUCCCAGUGCCAGCGGAUGGCCCUACAGACAGGCUGGCAGUGGGCCCCUGGCCUGCUUCUCCUGCUCCUCAUGGGGGUCUUGUUUGAGGUAGAACUGUGGUCCUUUGACUUCGGGAAUCUGCUCCCCCAGACAAACUGGGCAUCAACUCGUGAUUAAGAAGCCGGAUUUGGGAGGUUUCCUGCCUGCAUUCCCACCGCUCUGCCAUGUGCUGUGUGUGAUGACCAUAGACAAGGCCCUUACCCUCUCUGAGCCUUGCUUUCCUCCUUCAUGAGUGCAGACGAUCCUGGUACCCAUGCCGUUGACGUAUUCGGAGUCUUAUGUAAGGUCACGCGUAUGAAGCACUGAACACAGUGUCUGACACAUAACGAGCCCUCAAGAAAUGUCAACUCCAUGAUGGGAAGAGAGUUUCUAAACUCCUGGGGAUGCAGCCUGUCCCCAGAGCGGCCGGAUCCCCUAGUGGGGCAGGGAGGGAAUGGUCGGCCGGGCCUUUGAUCUCUCCCAAGGAACCAGAGCCAUGUUAGGGCUUGGAAGAGAGUUCUAUGCUCCCUCAACUCCUCAGAGGCACUGAAAUAUGAAGAGUGAGAGCCUGCCCCUUUGGGUCUCGUGCUCUGCCACUCCAGGCCCCUACAACAGGCCGGGCUCAGGCCGCCAUGGCGGCUGCCUGCACAUGGUGAGAAUGCCCUGCUGGUCUCACCCGGGCGCUGUCAGAGAGCGGCAGACGUGGCUGCCUGCUGACGGGAAGUCCUGGUGCCCCUGUCAUGGGCAGAAACGCUCAUGUUAUCUUCAGGGAGUUUCAGGAGGUUUUUGGCUCAAGGCACCCAGCUGCCGACACAAAGGAAGCACUGUGCAGUGCUCGCGCUCUUCUCCUGUGCCCAGGUCGUUAACCCGAGUUCCGUUAUUGUCAGGGCUUGGGCUGGGGUAGCGUGUUCUCAGCAGGGGCUGGCCACGGCCCUGGAAGGGGCAGGACGGGCACCCCCACACCCCCCAGUCCCAGCCUUCGGCUUAGCCCCCUCCUGCCCCUCCAUCCCAGAAGGCAGCUGGAACAGCUUGGCGUGGGGGAGGGAAGCAGCUCCUCCCUCUGCAACCCGGCAGGAUGGACGCCGUCUCUGAAGCAGUUAGCCCGGGUCUCCACGGGCAGGAAGGCGCCCUCUCCGACUCUCAGCUGGGGCGGCGCUCCACAGCCUCAAGGCAGAACACCGGCCAGGUCGCCAUGUCGAGCCUUCCCUGGAGGGAGAUGGUCCCUUGCCAAGCAGAGAGUCUCUCAGCCUCAUUUAAUCGUAUUGCGACAUCCCCGGGGAAGCUGCUUCCCCCGCCCCCAGCACCCCUCAGAGAGAGGCUUCUGAGAAGGCCCGCAUGCCCUCCGCCUCAGCUCUGACCUGCCACAGCGUGGCUCGGGUGCCGGAGUCCCGGCCCUGCCUACCCAUCUCCCUUUUCCCUUCACAAGUGGCAGUUUGGGUGGGAGCUCAGGCCCCUUAACCCUUCACAAAUCCUGACUCUUGCUCCGUGUUAACCCUGACCCUAGGCCAGUGGCGGGGAGAGCGGGGAACAGCACCUGAAGCCGUGGAGCAUGCGGGGAGCAGCAUACGGCGGGGUGCUCAGUCCCCCUGCGCUAACCUCGCCGGCCCAGCCCACCCCGACCCUCUGACAGUCUGCACAUGUGUUUACACUCACAUUGUUGACUUGGGGCCAGUUGCCUCUUUGGCGGAAGCAUCAAGCAUUCAAAGAUGUUCAGAUCUCUUGUGUUUGGCUCUUCCCUCAGAGUGGAUAGACCUUGGACUGAGACUCCAGUGUGUCUCUCUAUUCCCUUAGCCGUUGUCUGAGGGGCCAGAAUCCUGGUGGUGUUGCCUUGGCUCUUUCCCCCAGGGGAGGAGAGGGAUCUUGAGACCAGCGAGCUGUAGGAGCAAGCCACACCUGGCUACCAGAAGCAGAGGAGGGAGACGUUCAUGGACAUCGCAGGCAGCCACGUGGCCUUGAGCAGAGGUCAAAGGAGCCAGCCCUACCCCAACAUACUUGUCAGCUGCCAGCAUGAGACCUCGUUUCUCAGCAACCAGAGUGAUCCAGCCCAGCCGGAACCCCACCGUCGCUCGCUCUGUGCAAGUCCAAGCAGUCCCGGCCAGGGGGACCCUGCCAUCCCACACACGCAUCAGCACACGUGGGGAUCGCAAAAGAGGGUGCUGGGAGCCAAAGCCAUAGCUCCGGUGGAGAGAGAUUUUGAGAGGGAGUAUGGAAAACUCCAGCAGCUGGAGGAGCAGACCAGGAGGCUGCAGAAGGACAUGAAGAAGAGCACCGAUGCUGACCUGGCCAUGUCCAAGUCUGCCGUGAAGAUAUCCUUGGACUUGCUCUCCAAUCCCCUCUGCGAGCAAGACCAGGACUUCCUGAACAUGGUGACAGCUCUGGACACGGCCAUGAAACGGAUGGAUGCCUUCAACCAGGAAAAGGUGAACCAGAUUCAAAAGACCGUGAUUGAACCCUUAAAAAAGUUCGGCAGUGUCUUCCCAAGCCUCAACAUGGCUGUGAAGCGGCGGGAGCAGGCCUUGCAGGACUACCGGAGGCUGCAGGCCAAGGUGGAGAAGUACGAGGAGAAGGAGAAGACGGGGCCCGUGCUGGCCAAACUCCACCAGGCCCGAGAAGAGCUGCGGCCUGUGCGGGACGACUUUGAGGCCAAGAACAAGCAGCUCCUGGAUGAGAUGCCGCGGUUCUACCACAGCCGGCUCGACUACUUCCAGCCCAGCUUUGAGGCCCUGAUCCGAGCCCAGGUUGGGUACUACUCUGAAAUGCAGAAGAUCUUCGGAGACCUGACCCAGCAGCUUGACCAGCCCGGCCACCCUGAUGAGCAGCGGGAGAGAGAGAACGAAGCCAGACUGAGCGAGCUCAGAGCCCUCUCCAUUGUGGCUGAUGACUGAGUCCCUGCCACCCUUUUGAAGACUCUUGGGACACAACUCAACCUGUCUGGUCUUUGCCCUUGUCAAGCUUAGGCUCAGGCGUCAGCCAGCAGAAGGCCCCACCGAGAGACAUACAGGGACAGCAGUGGCCCCCACUCUACCUCACUGGCCCUCUGCAGUGAGCCUGGCACCCGGAGCCCCAAGCAGGCUGCCGGCGCCCCACCCAUAGCAAGAGCCCAGACGGUAAGCAGGGCAGAGAAAGCCCGGGGGCCUUCUCAUUUCCAAAAGAACCGUCCAGAGGGCAUCCCGGCUUAGGGCCUGAGCCAGCUUCCGGCCUUCAAAGGCACAGGCUCUGUCUGCUCACCUGAGGUCUUAGCCUUGCUUGCACGGGCGGGAUCACAUCUACCUCCAAAGAUCCAUCCUGGGGCGUCCGCCUGCCCUCACUGCCUUUCCGCUUCAGACUCCUCUUUCCUGAAGAGGCCCGAGACACUGCCAUGGGGAACGGAAGAGCUGCAAUUCCCCCAGCCCAGACAGACCCCUCACUCCAGCCUCCCAGCACCACAAAAACUGGCUUAGCCCGCCUCUGUCCAAGUGCAGAGCAGGCCUUAGGCCAAGUGCAGAGAAGCGCCCCAAGCCUUGUAGAUUCCUUAGGAAACACAACUCAGCUUGUGUCAAUCGGCUACCGACCGCACAAAAUGUCACAGCCUGACUCACAGAUCUCAGAGCCAGAACAGUGGGUUUGUCUCCCUGAAAUACUUGUAAUUUUAUUUUUUCAAGUGAAGUUUUCAAUAAAAUCGCCAGCUGUUA